CAUGAUCUAAUUGGGUAGAAUCCAUAGAAGUGACGAAGAAAUUAAUUUUCUCUCCUUCAAAAAUAGUCAUUAGUUCAUCUUCCGAAAAUCAAAAUCAAAUUUUCAGCUGAUAUACCAAAAAAUCUCCAAUUUUUGGCCAAAGUGACACAAUUGCAGGUUUCGCAAGAUGGUGAGGCUAAAGCCAUACGCCGGGCUUAGUUUGUUUGCAACAAUUGCUGUUUUUUAUCAUGCAUUUCAUAGUAGAAGACAGUUUUAUCCUGCUAUGGUUUAUCUAUCGACGUCGAAGAUUAGCUUAGUCAUACUUCUCAAUAUGGGUUUGGUUAUACUGUGUUCUUUAUGGCAAUUGGCAAAAUGUGUGUUCCUUGGCCGGCUUCGAGAGGCUGAGGUUGAGAGGCUGAAUGAACAGUCAUGGAGGGAGGUUAUGGAGAUUCUGUUUGCCAUCACUAUUUUCCGGCAGGAUUUUUCGGUUUCUUUUCUUGCUAUGGUUGCCGCACUUUUAUUGACUAAGUCAUUGCAUUGGCUAGCCCAGAAGAGGGUGGAAUUCAUUGAAACGACUCCGGCUGUACCCACAUUGUCCCAUGUUCGGAUUGUCUCUUUUAUGGGAUUUCUUCUUUUCCUGGAUAGCUUAUUCUUGUACAGCUCAUUGAAGUCCCUGAUUGAGACAAAAACAGCUUCAGUGUCCAUCUUCUUCUCGUUCGAGUAUAUGAUACUUGCUACAACAACUGUGGCUAUGUUUGUGAAAUACAUAUUCUAUGUGAGCGACAUGCUUAUGGACGGGCAAUGGGAGAAGAAGGCUGUGUGUACUUUCUACCUGGAGCUUAUCCGAGACCUGCUGCAUCUGUCUAUGUACCUCUGUUUCUUCAUGGUGAUUUUUGUGAACUAUGGUGUACCUUUGCAUUUGAUAAGAGAGCUUUAUGAAACUUUCCGCAACUUUAAGAUUCGCAUUGCUGAUUAUAUUCGUUACCGGAAGAUCACUUCAAAUAUGAAUGAUCGUUUUCCAGAUGCUACCCCAGAGGAACUGGACACAAGCGAUGUAACCUGCAUUAUUUGUCGAGAGGAGAUGACUACAGCCAAGAAAUUGAGAUGCGGACAUCUUUUUCACGUGCAUUGUCUCCGAUCGUGGUUGGAACGACAAAAUACUUGUCCAACUUGCAGGGCCCUUGUUCUACCUCCUGAAACUGGGACAGUUACAGCGGGAGGGCCACAUGGACCACACUCUGGUGCCCAUCAAUCUGCUUCUACCAAUACACCUGGUCUAGGGUCAACUGGUGGUACUGUGACAGACAUCCCUUUGAGUGGUAAUCAGGCUAGGCUACAGGCUGCUGCUGCAGCAGCAGCAGUUUAUGAGAGAUCUGUUGUUUACCCUUCGGCAAAUUCAUUAGUAUGGUGCCCCGGGUACGCUGUACUUCCACAAGUUAAUGGUUCUAUGCCUGGCUCAAGCAAUGCAAAUUCUGACGAGGGGGAAGGUCCAGUUGGACAACUUCAGCAUCAACAACUGAUGCCCAGUGGGGAAACGAGUUUUCCCUAUGCGCAGUUGCCUCCUUUUACUGCUUCAUCUAUCCAAGUACCUGGUACUGAGAUGUUGAGUGAGGGAACCAGUCAUCUUACUGUCGAAACUCAGAGAAACUUCCUUGAGCAUCAAAUUCAGAUGUUACAGAGUCAACUCGAGAACCUGCAGAAACAGCAGGGUGACAAAGGUGCCAGCUCUAGCCAAUCAGCAUCCUCGAUUACCAAUGUCACAACUACGGAAUCAUCUUCAGAUGCUAAUUCUCACACAAAUAUUCAGCAAUCAAAUUUGUGAUUUUUCUCUGAUGUGCACAAUUUGGUAAGCAAACCCGAGUACAAGAGUGAGUUUGCAGAGUUGAAGGGUCAGAACUCAGUAAGGAAUAGAUCUGACUACAACAUAGUGUACCAAUCAUGUUUGUAGCUGGUAUAGAUGCUUAGUUAAUUUCAUUUGAGCCGGCCGGAAAAAGCCCUUUUCAUUGUGAAAAUUGAUCACAUUAUUUAUGAUGACUUGUUAAAGGUCUGUACAUAUAAAAAGAAGAGAGGGUGUUACAAGAUGUAUAGGCCUGAGUUAUGGAGAAUUUUGGGUUAUGUAGUAGUAUUCUCCAAAUUGUUUCUGUAAUACAUUUGUCAAUUUCGGCAUCUUAGAUGUGUAUGUUGCAGGACCUUAGAUUCUUCUAAGCUGUAUUGUGUUCAAUUUGGCAAACAUUCUACUGAUCUUACUUGUGAUUUGUGAAUUAUUGGUUAUAAGAAAUAUCGGGUUCUUGAA